UGAAAAAAAAAAGAUGAAAAGAAAAAAAAACGUCUCAAUUUAGUCAGAAAAAUAUUAAAGAAUGUGGAAGGGAGACUCAAAGUCUUCCCUCACUAUAGUAUAUACCAAUCGAUACACAGUCUGUCUUCCCCUCUCAGAUUGAGAUCAAAUGGCUGAAAUGGCAGUGUCGUUUGCUGUUGAUCAUCUGCUUCCACUGUUAACAGAUGAAGCAACUCUGCUCAGAGGCUUGCACAGAGGAUUUGGAGACAUUAAAGAUGAACUAGAAAGCAUCCAAGCCUUCCUCAAGGAUGCAGAUAGAAGAGCUGCAGCAGAUGAAGGAAGUGAAGGAGUGAAAACAUGGGUGAAGCAAGUGAGACAAGUUGCUUUCCAAAUAGAAGACAUCAUUGAUGACUACUUGAUCCAUUUGGGACAACAACAACACCAGCAACAAGAGCAUCAGCAUGGAUGUGCAGCUCCACUCCAUAAUAUUGCUGAACUGAUCAUAACCUUGAAGCGUCGUCAUCAAAUUGCUUCUGAGAUUCAAGAAAUCAAGUCAUGUGUUCGUGAAAUCAAGGACAGAAGUGACAGAUAUGGCUUCCAACGCCAACAACAAGUAUCAAGCAGCAGGGAAAAUGCCAAAUGGUAUGACCCCCGAACAGCUGCUCUUUACAUUGAUGAAGCUGAAGUUCUUGGGUUUGAAGUGCCAAAAGAUGAACUAAUUGGUUGGUUGCUAAAAGGAAGAGCAGAACGCGCGGUUAUAUCAGUGGUGGGAAUGGGAGGACAAGGAAAAACCACUCUGGCAAAAAAAGAUUUUGACAACCACAAGGUGAUUGCUCACUUUGAUUGCCAUGCUUGGAUCACAGUAUCUCAAUCCUAUACUGUAGAAGGAUUGUUGAGAGACAUGCUGCACAAGUUUUGUGGAGAUCCUCCUCAGGGUAUUCUUCAAAUGGAUCGAGAUUCAUUGAUUAAUGCAGUUAGAGACUACUUGCAGCAAAAGAGGUACGUUGUUGUGUUUGAUGAUGUGUGGAACAAACAUUUUUGGGAUGAAAUUCAAUUUGCUGUGAUUGACAAUAAAAAUGGAAGUAGGAUAGUUAUCACCACAAGAAAAAUGGAGGUAAUCAUGUCUUGUAAGAAAUCUUCUCUGGUUCAAGUGCAUGAGUUGCAACCUUUAACUCAAGAGCAGUCCUUGGAGUUGUUUUAUAAGAAGGCAUUCCGAUUUGACUUUGAUGGAUGUUGUCCAGAAGAACUUACUGAGAUAUCUUCUAAAAUUGUUAAAAAAUGCAAUGGAUUACCACUAGCAAUAGUAACCAUUGGUGGUUUUUUAUCUACAAAAGAGAAAAAUCCAUUUGAAUGGACAAGGUUUAGUCAAAAUCUGAGUUCAGAGCUGGACAAAGAUUCUCAUUUGAUUGGUAUAACAAAAAUUUUGGGUUUUAGUUAUGAUGACUUGCCUUACUAUCUAAAGUCAUGCUUCCUGUAUUUUGGAGUAUAUCCUGAAGAUUAUGAAGUCAAAUCGGAAAGAUUGAUUCGGCAGUGGAUAGCUGAAGGGUUUGUCAAAGAGGAAAAAGGGAAAACCUUGGCGGAAGUUGCUCAAGGAUAUUUAACAGAGUUGAUCCAUAGGAGUUUGGUGCAAGUUUCUUCAGUUAGCAUUGAUGGCAAAGCUGAAGGUUGUCGUGUACAUGACCUGAUACGUGAAAUGAUCCUUAAAAAACUUGAGGAUUUAAGUUUUUGCAAGUUCAUUGGUGAAGAUGAUCAGUCACGCUCAGCUUUAAGUGGGAUAAGUCGGCGCCUAUCAAUAGCAACCACUUCCAAUGAUUUAAUUGGAAAUAUUAGAAGCUCUCACAUACGAUCAUUGCUUUUUUUCACAAAUGAAGAAUUACCUGAAUACCUUGUCAGAGAAAUCCCUACAAAAUACAAGCUAAAGGUACUUGAUUUUCAAUUAAAUAAGUUGACUUGUGUUCCUAAAGAUUUAGGGAACUUGAUUCACUUGAAGUAUUUAAGCUUAAGGACAACAGGCAUAUGGAGUCUUCCAAAAUGCAUUGGUAAGCUCCAGCACCUUGAGACCUUGGAUCUAAGGGGGACAAGUGUGAGAGACAUACCAAAGGAGGUUAGCAAGCUUAGAAAGCUGCAACAUCUUCUGGGAGAUAGUAUGUGUUUGGUUCAACUAAAAGAUGGUAUUGGAGGCAUGACAUCCCUACAAACGCUAAAGAAGGUGUAUAUAGAUGAAGAUGGAGGAGUGGAUCUAAUUAGAGAGCUGGGAAAGCUAAGGCUGUUAAGGGAAUUGAGUCUGACUAAUGUUAGGGGAGAGCACGGAAGCACUCUAAGUUCCUCAAUAAAUGUCAUGGAACACUUGGAGAAACUACAUAUUCACACAACAAUAUCUGAAGAGAUUGAUUUGCAUUUGAUUUCACCCCCACAAAAGUUUCAGGAUCUUUACCUGUGUGGGAAGAUAAAUAGAUUGCUAGAUUGGGUUCCAAAGCUACAAAAUCUUGUAAAGUUGUACUUGCAAUCCAAGUUGACUGAUGAUGAAUCACUACAAAAUAUGUCAAGCUUGCUGUACUUGCAUUUCUCAUGUCGUUUACAUUCAUAUGAAGGUGAAACUUUGUAUUUUCAUGAUGGGGGGUUUCAGAAACUAAAGGAACUACACAUUGCACACUUGCCUAAAUUGAGUUCCAUCCUUAUUGAUAGAGGAGCACUGCCUUCUCUAAAAAUGCUUGAGUUAACGUCUCUCCCCGAACUUCAGAAGAUACCCUCUGUCAUCCAGCACUUGGACAAACUUGAAGUUCUCCAACUUAAUUAUAUGAAUGUUUACCCGAGCUCUUUUCCAAGUGGAGGACCAAGCAUCGCCAUGAAGCAGGUGGUCCAAGUAAAAAUUCGCAGUUAUGAUCGCUCACGUGGAUCCUAUACCGAGGUCAUUCCUUACUCAAGGAGUUAAAAAAUCAUUAAGUGUUCAACUCUGCAAGUAUAAGGUGAUAAUAGGCCUCGAGUCGAAGGCAAUGGAAAUGAAGACUCUCCACGUGAACUUUCACUGCAUCUACAUUAUAUCUUUCUGCUCUGUUUUGGCUGUUCAGUUCUUAGAUAAAAAAAAAAAAAAAAAAACAUGUGUUGUUUUUCUUUAAUAAUGGUAUAUGAAACAACUAAGUUAUUGUGUGAUUCAAGAUAUUUUGCUGUUGAUUUGAGAAUUGGCUUUCUGAAAUGUAUCAUUUGUGUUAUGA